AUGGAGGUCAAAACCCAUAUUGAAUUACCCGAGAAACAUUUGCUCAACCUCGCUCCACGACCACAGCAACAGACACAAUAUCAAGCAUACCGAGCAGACUAUAAUUACUCUGCAGCUCCAUGCACGGAUGAGCCCGUCCAGCGGCACAGCCAUCAAGUACCACUGGACGCAAGCCCUCGAACGUCCACAGAAAUCACGUUUCAGAAGAACGUCACCAAGCUUCCCGUUCCGUCCUCGAUCUCCGAUAGAGCACGAGAUCAGAGGAAUAACACCCCCAGUCCAACGGGUAUCCCUAAACCUCUAUCUUCCGCUACACUUUCGUCUACGACCACCAAUACACCAUCCCCAGGGUCGGAACGAGAUCAAUACUGGAAAAAGCUUAGAGACAGAUACGAAAAAGGAUCGCCUCUCUCCCAUCGCUCGUCAUACCACAGAACAAGAGCUACUGAUAAAAAACUUUCCUCGGUCCAACCAGACGAUGCACCUAUGAAUGACGAGCUAUCCAGCCGCGGUGCUAGUCCACGGAGCACGAUCCCUAGCCCCAAAAGUACGAUUCCAAGCCCAAGCAUCACUAAAAUAAGCCGCGGCACACCAAAUAUCCUCAGAGCACCUUCACCUCAACUCGACAGGAAUACACGAUGGAGUAAGAAAAACGGCGGCUGGGUGAGCCUGGAAUCCCAAGAUGGACUACCUUCCAGGUCUGAUAGUGCAGGGGCAAGGUCAGAAUCAAGCCCUCAUUCUCGGUGCCCUUCCGUUUCACCGAUUUCAGAUGUUAGUUCUGUCACAGACUGCGAUUGGGAAGACAGAUUUGUGGUUCACAUGCCAUCUGCGAAGGAUCCCAACCCUCCUACGAUGACGACAGAGGAGAUCGCUGAUUAUCAGAGCAAUCUCAGCUCGGACAAGAUACGAAGGCAUGAUAAAUUACGGAGAAGUCCUCUGACUACACACGCCAAGAGGUUGCCUCCAGGUGAGAUGCAAGACAAGAGUGAAGGUCCAGAAAAUAUUGGAGGCUACGAUGGCAGCUACGCUCAGUCACAGCAGAUCCCUGAGAGGCCGCAACUGUCUACCACAAGUCCACUGGAGGCCCAACACGAUGGUAAUUAUUAUAGCCCCGACGAAAUCGGGAAGAAUCGUAUCAGCACGAUUUGGGAGGAAUCCCCAACGAGAUCCUCCAAGGAGAAGAGGGUGUCUCACAACCCAGACGGUUCUUUUUUAGGGUGCAAAGAGAUCAAUGGACCGGCCCCGACGAAUCCAGACGACGUUCUCCUAUUCGCCUCUGGCGAGGACUCAACCACCCUGCAGCCUCGGCCUUUAGCAAUUGGGGCGAAGAAGAGGCUGAAAGAGAAGGCUUCUCGGGCACCGCGCAAAUCAGAAGAAAAAACCGGCUCUCCAGACGAGGGGCAGCGAACUUCUCAGAGUUUGAACCAUCCCCUAUGCUCGAGGCAGUCGUCAGCAACAAUGUGUCAGGAUUUCGCCCCUCAGCGCGAGGCCCAAAGCCCAGAGUCUCAAUCCUCAAGCAAGGAAAACUGUCGUCCAGAAACCAGUAUGGAUAUUCAGAUCGAACAUCCACUACCGGACGGAGUGAACGAGGACGAUGUGUUCAUUAUCACUCCCACUAUCACACGUACAUUAAUACCGACUCCCGGCUCAGCCAACCUACCAAAACCAGAGAAAAAGGGGUUCACAUUCAAACCACAAGGACUAAGGCGCCCUGGUGGCACCGGCUAUUCCGGUACUGGAGAGGCCGUGAAGGCAAUUCGAGCGAAGGCUCAAGUCAUAUCUACACCUUCCAUGCUGCAACCGGCGACAGGCCUCGCCCAAAAGAAGUCAACCGCUCCUUCGCUCGCAUCGAGCAGCCUUCCUGUCCCAAAGGACACCGACGCCAAGGGCACAGCGACGCUGGAAAAGGAGAAACCAGGCAAACCGAAAGAAAGUACAAAGGUCAAAGAAAGUCUAACAAGGAACGGAAACUCAGCCUCCAGCUCUAUCCGUGGAUUCAUCCGUACCACCGGUCUCGCCAAAUCGACAAGUACAGGAAAGUCUCCUACCGGAAGUCUCGCCACCAUUCUUCGAAACGGCACUGAGUCUUUGCGCAACCGUGCCGAAAAUUUACGCAACGGUACUGGAUCUUUUACAAGCCGCAAGGGAUCCCCCGUUUCUCUACCGACAAGGGACAACUCGGAAUCCAGCAGAUCAGAACGGUCGUUCAAGUCCGCCAAGGAGACAGCGACAGACGCAUCUCCGUCUUCUACCAAGACUUCUUCCACAAAGAAGGCCAACCUCACAUCAAAACUUUCCAUUGGAAAGGAAUCACCAACAGAAAAGGCAACCCCCGCUGACACUACAGAGGAACAGACCCCAAUCGCAAAGCCACUCAAUGUGGACAAGGAUAAAGAAAACCCUGUUGGACCUGAUCCUCUUCCUGUGGAGAAAGGAGAUAGCUCUCCCAAAUCAGAAAAGCUCAGUCGAUCUGAGAGACUGGAGAAAUUCAAAGAACAGGCUCGUCUUCGUCGGGCUGCCGCAAACGCUGCCAAAGCCAAGAUCUCCGACAAGCCUGUCGAAAUUGCGGAGCUGGAUGGGGAACAAGUCCCUGGUCUCAAGGAAACCCUUCAACCCAACAUCACCGACGUCGAAGAGCUUCGGGACAUCAAUGCCAAAGACAAAGACGACAUUGCCUCGUCAGAGGCUCCAAACGCGGUUGUACUUUCGCUAUUCUUCCAAACUGUCUUCCUCUUCGUCACAAAAAUUCACCGACUGACCCUCCAGAUACCGAACAAUCCGUAUCUCAAGUUCGGCAUCAACAAUGUACUGAGCAUGAGUACACAUUGUUAUGAUGUCUUCAAUUGCAUCUACCGUGCAAUAUCGGUAUAUCAAGCUACAGGAACCUGGCCUAGACCUCGCAAUGACCAAGCCAUAAGUCGCUUUAUGGUAGAAGUCUUGCAGGCUUGCGUUUACCUGGUAAUUCUUGGCUUCGGGGUAUUGGUUAUAGGCCGUGCGGUGCGGUAUCUUCUUCUUUUCGGGAGCUGGCUGCUUUGGUUCGCGACACCAGUUGUGUGGGUAUUUCGCGGGUUAACUCGUGCCCUCAUAUCGUGA